GAAAGACCACGAAACGCCUCAUUCUCUAUCGAAGAUUUUUCAACUGGUACCGUGAAGAUACUCGUCACAACAUCCGACCUUCAACAAAAAGCCACGAUGUCCCGAUGGUCGUCCCUUGACUUCCAUCAUUCGCAUAGGCAAACUCGCGAAGCAGAACGCCUAGCUGCGCGCAUAGCCCAGAUACAAAAUGAGACGAAAAUAGGAGCAGGAGGCGCAAAUAAGACGAGUGAAGCAUCGAAGUCCAGCAAUGGACCACGAAAUAAUCCGAACAAGGACAAGAACAACAUCAAGGAUGGUAAGGAUGGAGGUGAACCUACAACUACGACUACGUUUACGCGGACGGUACCGAAAAAGCAGCCUCGCUUACGCGAAGCAACGACGGUCAGGCCGGCGGCUCGGUUAGGUACCUGCUACCAUGUUUGUAUCCCACUGCUUGGCUGAUGUUAUUGCAGCUGUAAAUUUCCCAUUAGUGAUUAGUCCUCAGUAGAAUGAAGGUGGAUGUCACAAGGUGGAUGUCACAUUCCAGAUUCCGCAUUUUUAGCUUAUUCAGUACGCAAACACUCGUCUGCUCACAACCCGCAGGACCCGGCGGAGCUCAGAGAAUCCUAGCUGCGCCCCCACCAGUAGACGAAGAAGGCCGCAAGGUUCCUUAUUCCUUGCCAGAAAAGUUCAAAGCCCGAAUACCGACUCCGCAGGGGUCAAAAGAAAUCCCGAUAUUAGAACCUGGCGCUCAACAGAUACAGAGGACAACAUUUGGAAAUGUUAUGAUGUCUUUGAUGUGUCAUUCAAGUGUACUACAUCAAUUACAAUAAUUGCUUCAAUCUGCACUACAACAAGUUGUUGAAAUUUUUUAGUGCAACUUACUCGUACAUCAAUUGCCUUCUUAGCUCAAUGUCAAUGAUUAUGAUAGACAGAUGAUGUAAUUGCUUGUGAGCGUACAUAUUAGAUUUGCUUUAUUCAUAUCCUCGGACCAGCAAGUUGAGCAUAAACUCGCGGCAAUCUCGCCUCUGCUUGGCAAAGGCACCACAUCAACACGGAACAGGACCCUGAAAAUCGGUGCCGACCUCCAACUCGUCAAAAAUAACACAAGAACACAGGGCUUGGUGGAUCAUACGUCCAGUCGUGGUCUGAAAAAUCAACAUGAAGACGAGAAAACGGCAGUCGAGGCGUGGUUGCAUCAGUGGGGUUUACAUCGGUACUCUAGAGUCCUUGUGGAGGAGCACGGACUGGAUGAAAUCAGUGUGCUGGCAGAGAUCGCGGAUGGAAGGGGCAGCGCGACAAGUGCAACAGAUCUUAGGGAGGUUUUUUUAGGCUUAGUUUUAUACAUAGCUACAGGUCGACCGCGACUUAAUCGUGCUUCUCUAGUGCGUCUAUAAGUGCAUCAUUUAAGUGCAUCCUUCCAGCAUCUGAUUCUGAAUAUGAGAAUGAGCAUUCUGGAGGGUGUUGUACCGUACUAGCUGCACUCGUCAUAGAUACUAGGUCAGUUGUACGAACCAAUAAAGCAGAACCGCCGCCCACAUUGCAGCAUUAGUUUCCACCGUCUAUUGUGCGUAUGAUUGCCCCGUAGUAGCACUGAAACUCCACUGACUCCAAAAGUUGCUGGCUCGCAAGUCCUGGCACUGAUUCGAAUGCUUGAAACUCUGAAGCAGUUGAUUCAAAUUUGAAUUAAAGUUGAUAAAAGCAAAAGUUUUUGGAUAAUCUGAAACUUUCAGAUUUUGAAUUUGGAGGAUUUGAGACUUUCAAAGUUGACACCUGUUUUAUGUUUUCCAUAGAGUCAUGUAACUGCAAGAAAGUUUGAAAUUAGGUAUUCAAUUUUAGAUAUGUUUCACCUAGUUACUAGUAUUGAUGGACAACUACGAUAGUUCAUAGUGAUUUCAGUCAUCAAAUGUUGAAACGUGAGAACUUCAAAAAGUCUAAACUUCCAAAAUUCAGUUUUCAAAGAGUAUAUUUCAAAGAAUUAACGAUCUAUGAAACUCUCAUAGCUAAAAUGAUUCAGCUACCGAUCUACUCUCUUACUCAAAUUUGUUCAAUUCAAAAACGAAAUUCAUAAAUCUCGAAAAUUUUGAUUUUAUCUCAUCUUUUCUAAAUUCAUUUUCUGAUGAGGCACUUUUUGAUUGAAAGAAUCCAUGGUAGGAUCGACCUCAACUGAGACUUCGAAAUACCCACCAGAGAAAUGACAUAUCUCCAGAAAUAAUAUGCACUAAAUUGAAUGUAAGAAGGAGAAGACUUUGUUGCAGUGGGGUCCAUCCAAUAGGCUCGUUUUCAUCUCUCUCUAACUACCUUGGUGCCGAGCUGCAAAUACCAGAAAGUGCGGCCUCAUUGCUGUUGCGAUGCUGUCGUGCACUGCGCGAGCGACUAGACAGUGAUCCAAAGGGAGCGGAGGGUGAUCAUAUCCGUCUCGAGAAUGGUGCUACUCCUGCGGACGCUCAUGCUGAAGAAGACCUUGUCGCGGUGCCAACAUCAAUCGAAGCUAUGCUAAACGACCUGCUUCUAGAAGAGGAUACGGAGCAAAUGGAUGCGUCGAUACUACCCAUAAAAGCCACUGCAAUCAAGAUCCCAGAGCAGGGGGAAGCUCCUGCAUGUCUGCGUGAGGAAGCUGCGUUGGGAAGGGGUCGCGAAGAGGAGAAAGAUGACGAUGGUGAUGACAAUUAUGCAGUCGUAUCUUCCCUCAGACCAGGGGCUAUAGCAAGUCUUGCAGAGGUCAAUGUACCCGAUUCCUGGACCCGGCAGGAGCCACCCCCGACCGAGUGGGAGGACCUAGCAGAUGAGGUAGAUUUUCCUUCUAGAAGAAGUAAUGUACAACUACCUCCCAAGAGUAAUGUACCUCCCACGAAUAGCGUACCUCCUACUGUGCUACCUCCUGGCCCUCCGUCAACUUCUGCUGCAGGAGCUACCUCGACUGCUGCAGGAUUCACCUCUACUGCUACGGCUGUGCUGGGAACUAAUGCAGAUGCAGCUACAUCAACUUCAGCUCCCAGCACUAGUAUUCUCCAUGAGCCAAAUAUAGAAGUAGCGUUGAUGAAUCCCGCUUCUUCAUCCUCGUCGUCCUCUGGUCCACGCGCUACGUUUGACAGUUCUGCUGUGGAAAUAAGAACUUUCGAAAUCGAUACGACACCUCGUAGACAAGUGCCAUCAGGAAAGAGUUUUAAGGCUGCAGUGGUCCUACAAUACUAGUUUGUAAUGGAUGCUGCAGCGUCAGUCUCAGUCGUACAAUUUUUACUCAAUUGGAGGACCUUCUUCGCGUGAGGCAUUAAUCUGAGAUGGGACUAGUUAGAUAAUUUUGGGGAACUAAGGUACUUAGAUAUUAUAGCGAACAAUUACGACUAUUGCCCGUACAGACAGAUGAAAAGCUACAACUCUAAAACAACAGUACCGCAACCUCCGACGACAACUUCGACUGAGAGGGAAUGCUGCUAUCAGUGCUACAGGCAGUUUCCUGCUGCUGUUCAAGGUGCGAAUGCCAAUCCGCGAUUUUGUUCGGACAAAUGUAAGGUCGACUCAGGAUCGCGUGAUGCGCAACUAAGACAGGAAGUGCUCAAUGCGACAGGACUAGAUCUGCGUGUUUUCUCUGAUCGAGAUGAAGCUGGAGCGAGAGCAGCGGAAGGAGCUGCAAAAACAUCAAUAGAAGAAGGGAGAAGAGGAGUACUAGAAGGAGCAACGAGUGCCGUUGUCGAAGAUCAUCGCGAAGAAGUUCCACUCUCUACAUCCGAGAGGAAAGGAGACCAGAGUCAAAGUGAACUUGACGCUGUGGAGGCCGAGUUAGAACUGAGGAAACGGAAAUUAGCCUGGUACGAAUACCUUGAGGCAGUUGAUUCCUGUGCCUCCGCCUACAAGAUAUCGUGACGCGUGCUUCUGUGCUUCCGCCUACAAGAUAUCGUGACGCGUGCUUCUGUGCCUCCGCCUACAACAGAUAUUUUGAUGCGUCCUUGCUUCCGCCUACAAGGCGUCACGACUACAGCUGUUCAACAUUUCCUCAGUCCUGUUGAGACAGGCGAAGGGGGAUAUUUUAGUAGGCGAUCUAGCUACCAGGUCUUGCUCUUCAAGAAGCUUCUUAUGAGUUUUUGUGCAGUCUGCACUGAAAACUGUGCGAUAUUAAUUGUGUUGCAUUGUAUCUUCUUACACGGUCUUGCGCGUGCUCCUCUACAAGCAAUCCUCUUGUUUGAUGAGUACUAUGAUCGUGUUGAAGAGUGUGGUACACCAUUCUCAUGAUUUCUUGAAAAAUAGCGAAUGGAUGUUCUGAGUUAUACAGUUUUUCAAGAUCGUCACCGCCCAUUGAAAUCUCUAGCUUUGCUAGUUUUGAUCAACAACGUUUCAUGUCAAAAUAGAGUGAAUGAAAAGUAAA